GCACGGGACAGGGCUAGUCUGAUUUUAGCUUUCGGCCGCGCUCGCGCGAAAGGCGUAGAUCCUGGACAUCCAAAUCUGAACGAAUACGAACGAAUUUUGACCUGUUGUCGUUGUCGCGUGGUAGACUACAAAACCGACGGAGUACCGCGCGUCAAAAAUUCAAACUUUUUGGUUGCGAUCGCAAGUGAAUGUGUGAAUAUCUAGAGCAGCACCUACAAUAAGCCUAAGGCAGUGUAGUUCGGUGAUUGUGGUGGCAGAUCCGGAAGAAGAUUUACAUUUCUAAUAGGCCAAGUCACCAUCGACGAAACGAAGCGUAGCUGUGAUAAUAGCGCAUACAAUUACACUUAGUUAAUCGAAUGUCAAUCAGAUCUUCGUAAUUUUUCAAAAAUCUUGGAAACAAAGUGUCGGCAAGCAUGAUUGAGGCAACGGUAAAGAGCAGUUUCGUGCUGUCCAAAGUGGCGAAAAUGCUGAGCUAUUUUUCUCCGAUUACCAUAAUCUUGGCGACGAUGAUAGCCGGGGCCAUCUACGUGUACAACAAACGGCGGGCCCGGCUGGUGAAGCUGAUCGAGAAGAUUCCCGGGCCGGCCAGUAUGCCCCUGAUCGGAAACAGCCUCCACAUCAACGUGGAUCACGAUGAAAUCUUCAACCGCAUCAUUUCGAUUCGCAAGCUGUACGGACGUCAGCAAGGAUUCAGCCGAGCGUGGAACGGCCCCAUACCAUACGUGAUGAUCUCCAAAGCCAGUGCAGUGGAGCCCAUUCUCGGCAGUCCGCGGCACAUCGAAAAGAGUCACGACUACGAGUUCCUGAAACCCUGGCUCGGAACGGGCCUGCUCACCAGCCAGGGCAAAAAGUGGCACCCCCGGCGGAAGAUCCUUACGCCGGCGUUCCACUUCAAAAUCCUCGACGAUUUCGUAGACAUCUUCCAGGAGCAGAGUGCCGUGCUGGUCCAGCGCCUGCAGCGUGAGCUGGGCAACGAAGAAGGCUUCAACUGCUUCCCGUACGUGACCCUGUGCGCCCUGGAUAUCGUUUGUGAAACUGCAAUGGGUCGGCUUAUCCAUGCUCAGAAGAACUCCGACUCAGACUACGUUAAGGCUGUUUAUCAAAUCGGAAGCAUCGUCCAGAACCGACAGCAGAAGAUCUGGUUGCAGCCGGAUUUCAUCUUCAAGCGUACCGAAGACUACCGUAACCAUCAGCGAUGCCUAUCGAUCCUACAUGAAUUCUCCAACCGAGUGAUCCGCGAACGCAAGGAAGAAAUUCGGAAGCAGAAGCAAUCCAACAAUAAUACGAUCAACGGCAAUGCCAAUAAUGCGGUCGAAGCAAAUAUCCUAGACGGUAACAACAACGCCGAAGAGUUCGGCCGUAAGAAGCGAUUGGCGUUCUUGGAUCUGUUGAUCGAGGCAUCGCAGGACGGAACCGUCCUCUCGAACGAGGACAUUCGCGAAGAGGUGGAUACGUUCAUGUUCGAAGGUCACGACACAACUUCGGCAGCCAUUUCGUGGAUCUUGCUCCUACUGGGUGCGGAACCGGCGAUCCAGGAUCGUAUCGUCGAGGAGAUCGAUCACAUCAUGGGCGGCGAUCGGGAUCGGUUCCCCACCAUGAAGGAACUCAACGACAUGAAGUACCUGGAGUGUUGCAUCAAGGAAGGUCUCCGGCUGUACCCGAGUGUUCCGUUGAUCGCGCGGAAACUGGUCGAGGAUGUCCAAAUCGAAGACUACACCAUCCCUGCCGGAACGACAGCGAUGAUAGUGGUCUACCAGCUGCACCGCGACCCGGCCGUGUUCCCCAAUCCGGAUAAGUUCAAUCCGGACAACUUCCUGCCGGAGAAUUGCCGCGGACGGCAUCCGUACGCGUACAUCCCGUUCAGUGCCGGUCCUCGGAACUGUAUCGGACAGAAGUUUGCAGUGCUGGAGGAAAAGUCCGUCAUUUCGGCGGUGCUGCGAAAGUACCGCAUAGAGGCGGUAGAUCGGCGGGAAAAUUUGACUCUGCUGGGAGAACUUAUACUGCGGCCCAAGGAUGGCUUACGGAUAAAGAUCAGUCGGCGAGAGUGAAACACAGCGAUUAGGAGUAUUGUUCUUUUUUUAAUAAUCAUUAGCGAUAUAUUUUUAAUCCUUAGGCUUCAUACGUUUUGUGUUUCUCAUGACAUGAUUUUCGGUGUAUAGAUUUUGUAUAUUUUGGUUAUGAAUGAUAAUGAUAAUCUAUGAUGAAAGUGAAAGAGAGAGAGAGAAAGAGAAUGGAAGGAAGAAAGCAGCCUCUUACGAGCCAGGGUGAAAUGAUUUUUGAACUACAUAUUGCUGCUACUUGUACCAUAAAGAUCGAAGUCAGUUAGAUAACCAAUCAUCCAGUGGAAUAAUAGUCAGUCGAACUAAUCUUAGAAGGUGUUAUAUGAAA